GCGCCUCCCCUCGGCUGUUGUGGCUGCUGGGCCGUGGGAUGCGUCUUCUCACCUCCUCCUCCGGCAGGUUCUGAGCCUCCGCUGACAGCACCCCAAACCUCAUCGAAACCUUCCUCGCCGCGUGCCGGCACCUCGCGCACCCCCACCCGCGAGAUGCCGUCAGUCCACGAGAAUCCGCUGGCCAAGAUUGAGUCCUCGAAGGGCGCCAAGAAGUCCAAGUCGUCCUCCAAGGUCGAGAGCCCCGUCGAGGUGGCCGGCGACGCCAAGCUGACCCCCUCUAGCUCUGGUAUCUUGAAGAAGCCCAACCAGGACAAAUACGCAGGCCAGCCAAUGCAUGAGGCCCCCACCCUCACUCGCUACCCAGAACCUGUCAUCCAGGAGACCCUUCCUUCCAGGGGCAAACUGAAUCAGCCCAAGGUUGACUCGCUGCCCCUCAAAAAUGCAGCCACACCCAUUCAGAAGUCACCUCUGCAGGGUGGCUCUGCAGCACCUGUUGAUCCCGUCAUGAAAAAACAGACCCCGACAGAUCACGUCACCACUCCCUUGGGAUCAAGUUCAUCUUCAAAACGCUCGCCCACACCUCCCACCAGGGAGAUGACGCCGCCGGAACUCAUCAACAAACCAACCUCGCCAAUGUCCUUGACGGGGCCUCCGGUGCUGCCACCAAAAACGUCGCCUCCGCGCGAGUUGCCGACGACCAAGACUUUCCACCCCUACUCGGUCCCAAAACCGUACACAUCGAUCAUGACUCAGGAUCUGGGCCGUCAGAGGACGCCCGAAGAAAUUAUUUCAGGCAGAAGCAAAUCUUCAACUGCUUCGUCGCCGCGCUACAUGGAUGAGACGCCGUCGCCGCAGGCUGCCCCUCUGUCAAAGGCAAUGUCUCCGCCGGCUUAUGUGUCUCCUCCGGCCGUUUCAUCGCCACCACCGUCAAUAGUUUCACCCGUUUUGACGCAAGUGUCACCAGUGAAGGCCGAGUCGCCUCCACCCCCGCUGCCGGUCAAGACCAAAACACCCACUCCGCCGCAGCAGGCAUCACCUCUGGAUGACUUCACGCCGGUGGAGGUUCCAAAGGUGGAGUCGCCUCCGCCACUUCCGGUGAAGACGAAAACGCCUACGCCACCAAGAAUCGCAUCUCCGCCAAUGAAAGAGAAGACACCUACCCCUCCGAGGGUAGAAUCACCCCCAAUGAAAGAGAAGACACCUACCCCUCCAAGGGUAGAAUCACCCCCAUUGAAGUUGAAAACCCCGACUCCGCCUAGAGUAGAGUCGCCGGAGCUGAGAACAAAGACUCCACCCAGGGUGGAAAGUCCAGAGCUGAAAAUGAAGACUCCAACCCCUCCCAGGGUAUGCUCUCCACCCCUGAAACAGAAAUCGCCUACCCCGCCGAGGGUAGAGUCUCCACCUUUGAAGCUCAAGACUCCGACGCCGCCAAGAGUAGAGUCGCCACCUUUGUUACACACAAAAACGCCGACCCCACCGCGGAUAGAGUCCCCUGACCUGUUGGAGCAGUUUAUCAGGGAAUUGAGUCCACCCUUGAAGACGAAGACGCCAACGCCGCCCAGGGUGGAGUCGCCGGACAUAAUCAAGCAUCAAUCGCCCAUUGGCACCUCAUCGCCCAUCCUCGACUUCACCACCAGGUCACCGUCGCCACCAAAACCAAGCAAGGCCAAGACGCCGUCACCUCCUGAGUCGCCAGUUUCGCAGUCUUUCAAUCCGCCGCCGCCUAAGGCCGAAAGUCCUCUGGCGUUCGUGCGCCAAUUCUCACCACCACCCACGGCGCAGUCGCCCCCGAGACGCAUGCCGUCGCUCAAGGACGACAUCUCGCCGCCGCAAUCACCUCAGCGGCAGGAGAGUCCGUCACCCCUGCAGGAGCUGCCACCCCCUCGCCAGGAGAGUCCGCUCUCGUUGGGCAAGGUGUCGCCACCGCCGAUGUUGCAGGAGGAGUCUUCGUCCUCGUCACCAUGCUCGGAGAUCACCCCUCCGCAAAAGGCCUCGCCACCACUGCCCAGUCUGCGAAGUCCAACCCCUGAAGGGGUAACCGCUGUGCACAAGAGUCCCUCGCAGACCGAACCGGACGUGGUGCCCCUGUACAUGCAGCAAUCGUCGACCACCCCUCAGCAGGAGCAGUUCCCGAUUCCUCCAGAGUCGCCCGAGAUUGAAAUUCCGCCGCCGUCUUUCGAGAUGCCCGUCGUGCGGCAGGAGACGCCGUCGCCGACCUUUGACAUCUCGGCGGCCUCGCAGGUGCGCGUCGAGUCGCCCGCCUUUGAGAUACCACCACCAGCAGCUGUGCAUUCGAGUUCGUCGCCCCCGAGGCAGCAGUCGCCAGACCUGCUGCCGCCCCCAGGGCGAAUCUCUCCGCCACCCCCGUUGGACAUCAUCCCACCCCCGCUGCGGCAAGAGUCGCCCCCGCCACGGGACGAGACGCCGUCGCCCAAUUUCUCGCAUGAGACGCCACCACCAACACCUCAAGACCCGCUGGCCUCAGUUGAACCCAUUCUGCCGCCGCCCCCGCCAAUGUAGAUUGCUUUUUUCCGUUGUUGAGGUCGUUUUAAGGUGACCAACCUGGCGGGAGGCGCCACCUUUUUCGUUCUUUUUUUGGUAAAAAAAGCAGAUUUUGCCUCCAAAGCACAGACUUCUAAAUUAAGUAUAUUUGAGAAGACGGAAAAAAUUAUGGCAUGUUUGAGACGGACGGCGUGUUCUAAUCAUAUAUUUGCUGUAUUUUUGAAUCCUACACUUACACACGAACGGGAGUGCGGAGGAGUAUUUGAAAAAAAAAUUAAAUGGGAAACAAGUGCAAGACCUCGGCAGUGAGAAAAGAGCAGAACUAACAAUAAGGGAUGAUGUCGGAAAUAUUAAAAAGAAUUCCGUGUAAAUUUUAUGUAAAAGACCCUAUGUCUGCAAACAAAUGCGAAAAUUUGGCGUUGAUAAUUAAGAUCGCGAAUGCUGAGGGGAAUAGAUGGGUUGAAGACUUACAAAAACAAACUAAUGUUAUAUCACAAAGAAGGGCUAAGGAACCGUUGAAUCAGAGCGAGUCGUGUUACAGCAUAAAAUUAUCACUGCCUUUUUCAGAAAAUUUCACAUGCAAGACGAAAAGCAUCCACUUUUUAUGGCUUAAAUGUUUACCUUUAAAAGAAUUCAAUGUCGCUUCUGAGCCGCAAUUAUUGUCAAAUUGCGAGCGUAUCUAAUUAAUUAUUAUUGAUUAUACAAAGAAAAACCGUAGAUCAGAGAUGCGAAGAAAUAUAUAAUCUUGCGUUCCAUUUUAAAUGGUGGCUAUAAACGUGCGAACUUGUGGACCAAAAAUAUGACCCGAGGAAUGAGGCAACGAGAUUUACACUGUAGAGAGAUAAAAGCAGCUCAUCUUUGCUGAAAACCUAGGUGUAGCAGAGGACGGAAAUUCAAUAGUAGAGAGGGUGAAACAAAAAAACAAAAAAUGAUUGCGUGAAUUUUGUAAAAGGUCGCUGUAAAAAAAGCCCCAGCUGAAAAGAGUUAAAGGAAACCUUUUUGAUCGCACAAUCAAAAAGAUUGAAUUUGAUAUACACACACUUUCUUCGUCAAAGUCAUUAAAAAUAUAUAUUGUCUCUACACCAAUUUUGUUAUACGAACUUACAUUCCCGGACUGCGGUUUACACGCGUCCUCUUGUCGCAGAAGUAUUGUGCAAACCCACACACUACUCUAACUUUUUUGAUAAAAACUCUAGCUAAACGAGAGCGUUGUAUAAAAACACACAACUUUACUAAAAACCCUUUUUCAUCUCCUCCAUAUAUUAUAACAAAGAAAGAGCCCGAGAUCCUUCCAUGCGCGAAAAGCAGUGUAGGCGUUGAAAUUUUCUGUCGUACGUCUCUUGAUUUCCAGUACAAAUUAAUAAAAUUAAAUAACACACGGACCCAGGGCAGUUGUUUUCACUGUGAAUGUUGUUCAGUAGUUAACUACGAGACGAGUGUCUUAAAUUAUAUUUUCUGCCCGACGCGACUUCUGCUCGCUCGGCGCGGCGAAUGUGGGAGCAAUCACGAGCCCAUUUUUCGACACUUGCAUACUCAAUUAAUGAAAAAAACAAAAAAACGAUACCAGUGGAUCAAUUUUCUCUUUCAUAAACACUCUGAACUGCCAAAUUGUCGUCUAGUUUUUAUGAUUCAACUUUUUCGCUGCUUCGUUUGUUACGAAUAAUAUGUACAUUUAAAGGUUUUACGCGGAGAUACAAUUAUAACUAAAAUGAAAGAGUUAAAAAAUUAUUGAUGCAGCUCACUUUGAAUAGUCACAAUUUUUGAGUCACUGAUGAUUUGUGUUUUUUAAUUGUAAAAUUAAUAAGUGGCCGUAGCACA